AUGGCAAACAAAAAGAAGAAGAGCACCGUCGAUCGUGGUUCCACGGCCUUACACAAGUAUCGCGGUACAGGCUUCGAGGAAUUCUACGCCGACCCUCCUAUGACCCCUGCCGAAGCCCACGAGGAGCGCGAGAACAUCUACCAUCCGCGCAUCGAGACAUGCAUCCAGCGCUACCGCUCCCGCCGCCGUCUGGGUGCCUCGGAACAGACCUUCAACAAGUAUCUUUUCCUCGGCGGCAUUGACUCGACUCCGCGCAUGUUCGGCGGCAAUGUCGAUGCCGACUUCCAGGACAUGAGUCCUGAGGAGAAGCGGAAUGCCACUGCUAUCGACACCGUCCACAUGUCUGGCGGUGGUAGUCGCUUCUACAACGACAACAACCCGGAUGGUUGGGAUGUCGACUUUGCCGGCGUCGCCGCGGGCUUCCUGUCCGAGAACCUUCCGACAAUGAUGGCCUGGGACUACGCGCAGAUGGGCAAGGCCGUUGGCGUGCUGGAAAACUUCCUCACUUAUGUUCUUCAGCACAACGUGUGCCCCGAGUACGAUGCCAACGUCAAGGAAGCCCUGGCCAUUUGUCAGAAAGCCAAGAGCGACCUGCCCCAGACUCACCAGGCGCUCCUGCGCUUCCCAGGAGAAUUUAACCUUGCGCUGUCAGAACUGCUCUGCGAAGACUUCCACUUCUUCGGCAAUAGUGAGUUCCAGAGACCUAUGAGUUUCGCACCUGAAGCUGUCGUGAAGGUCGCGUUGGCAACAGCGGGAAGCCAGAAGCAGUAUGAUGCUGUCAUGGAGGGCUUGGCCAAUAAGUCCAUCAAGAUUAUCAGCGAAGAAGAAUGCAGCAUGGAGAUUGUAUCCGUCCAUCGUCCAACGAUCGAGUCACGCAAACUCGUCCGCAGCAUCAAGCUGGCCGAGGGAACACCAUUCGCGCCCAUCGGUUUGAUAGUUGCAAAGCCGUGCCUGAUUGAGGACGGUUACGACCGUGGAGAUCAUUUUGAGCUGUCCAAGGAGAAUGAGACAUUUUUUCUGGACGACACCAUCCUGAUGAGACUUCAGCCUGGUUUCAAGUUGCAGCUUUGCGUCUGUGAGCUCAACAUUGGCAUCAAGUACAUCAAACAGGCUCGCCUUGUCCUCGUGGAGUGGUAUAGCUUUCUACCGCAGAAUCUUAUGCAGCACUUCAAGGAGCCCGUGCUGAAUGAUCGCCCUCCCCCGUCAGCCGUUGUAUUGCCGCAGGUCGAAGGUGAUCCCAUUGGGGCAACCGAGCUGAAAUCAGUACGGUCCUGA